AUGAUCUCAUUUGAUGAUCUCUUAGAGAAUAAAAUAUAGACUGGUUACCAUUAAUUUAAAACUUUGGGUAUAAUUGGAUUAGUCGAAUUUUGUGAUGGGAUUGAAUAUGCUUAUAUGUCAAUUUUGAUAGCAAUAGUAUAAAAAGAAUGGGAUUUGAAUAAAUAAUAAACAGCUUCAUUAGGAUCAAUAUUUUUAUUAGGAAUUGUUAUAGGAAAUUGUUUAUGUGCAUUUAUUGCAGAUUUAAUGGGAAGAAAAACUACAUUUACAAUUUUUACAGGAUUAUCGGUUAUUUUGAUAUAUUAUACAAGUAUAUGCAACUCUUUUAAUGAGAUGAUGAUAUUAAGAUUAUUUUUUGGAAUAGUAUUUGGAACUAGUUAUCCUUUAGGAUAUGUUUUCAUCACAGAAGUUUCUGAGCCUAAAUAUAGAGGAAGAUUUGCAUAUACAAUGGGUUUAUUAUUUGUAAUUGGCAAGAUUUAUUUGGCUAUUUUAUGUUUCUUUUAUCUUGAUGAUUAUACAUCUGGAAAUUGGAGAGGUUUGAUAAGAGUGAAUGGUAUUCCAGUUGCAUUAACAUUUAUAUUUUCUUUAUUGUUUCUUAAGGAAACAGUUAGAUAUUAUCUAAAUAGAGGAAAGUAUUAAAUUGCAUAUUAAGAAAUUGAAAAGAUACUUUAAGAGAACACUGGAAAUUAAGAAACCUUAACUGAUGAUGAGGUAUGAAAAACAUAUAAAUAUAGAAAAAUGGGUUAGUGAUAUGGUAAGAAAAGUAAAAUGAAAUAAAUUUAGAAUAAUAAAUUAAUAAAUAUGGAAUAUUAUCAAAAGAAUAUAGAUUUAUUACAAUGAAAAUUUGGAUCCUCUAUAUUUUAACUAAUAUGUAAAAUAUGAGUAUUUAUUUAUUGAUGCCUUUUCUAUUUACAGACAAUAAUUCAGGUUUAAGUUCAAUGUUAUAUAUGUUUAUUGUUGAACUUAUAUUUGCUAUAUCAUUAUACUAUUUUAUAGAUGAUCCUAAUAUAGGAGGAAGAAAGAAAGUUAUUGGUUAUUCAGCCAUCCUACUUAUUAUAGCAAAUGGUCUUCUAUAUCUUCUUAGAUAACAGUUUUUAUUUACAGGAUUACUUUUAAUCAAACUUGCUACAAGAGCAUUAUUCUCAACUCUUGGAUUGGUAUGUUGUGAGAGCUAUCCUUUAUCAUUAAGAUCAUAAGGCACAGCUAUGGCAUAUGGUAUAGGUAAAUCCUCUGCUAUUCCAUCUCCAUUUUUUUUAUUUCCAUUAUUUUACAUAGAUCCAUAUCUACCAUUUGCUGUGAUGUGUCUUUUCUCUAUAAUUAUGUUGAUCAUAGAUUGUUUUAUUGAGAAUGAUAAAACAAUGAAACCAUUGGAAUCUUUGAAGUAAGAUUGA